AUGAAGCGGGAUGGGUAUGGCGAUGACGGCGGCCCCAUGCAGAAACGGCAACGCAAUACUGACGACGAAGUCACCUUUCUCAUACCGAGCAAGGUGGCGGGCUCCAUCAUCGGGAAGGGCGGCGCAAAUAUUUCCAAGCUAAGGAAUCAGUACAAAGCCUCUAUAACAGUCCCAGAUUGCCCCGGCCCCGAACGGGUACUAUCGAUAACAGCGCCGGAUGUCGACACCAUUCUGGAAAUCGUAAAAGAAAUAUUACCAUGUUUAGCUGAUGGAGGAGGUGUGAAGAACGUCGAAGAUUUAGACGUCCGUCUACUGAUACACCAGAGUCGUGCUGGCUGCGUCAUCGGCAAAGCAGGCGCCAAGAUAAAAGAGCUGCGAGAGAAAACGGGAGCUCGUCUAAAGAUAUUCUCGAACCCCGCGCCACAGAGCACGGAGCGAGUGGUGCAGCUGGUGGGCAAACCUGAAGCUGUUGCCGCCGGGAUCAAGGAGGUGCUCGAUCUCAUCCGACAGGUUCCCGUUAAAGGCGCCGUACAAAACUACGACCCUCACAAUUACGAUGAUUUCUACGCGGAUGAAUACGGAGGUUUCGGUAGCGGACAAGGAGGUGGUGGUGGCGGUCCCCGUGGUGGGCCCCGCGGCCCUCCUCGAGGCCCCCCGCGCGGCAUGCCCCCCAUGGGGCCCGCAGGCCGGGGGCCAGCGCCACGAGGACCACCACUAGGUCGCAAUGGACCUCCUGGAGGACCUAGAGCUGCCUUCAAUGAUUUCGGUGGACCUGGACCUAGAGCUAGCUUCAGUGGACCACCGCGCGGUGCCUUCGGCGGCGGCGGCGGUGGCGGCGGGGGCAACAGUGGAGGUGGCGGGGGCUUCGGGGGAGGGAACUUCGGCGGCGGCCGCGGGGGCGGAGUCUCCGCCAACUUUAGUAACAACGGCGGUAACCAACAGGACACCACCACACAAGUGACUAUUCCCAAAGAUUUGGCUGGCGCGAUAAUAGGAAAGGCUGGCUCGCGCAUACGUAAGAUCCGUGCGGAGAGCGGUGCGGGCAUUGAGAUCGCGGAGCCACUGCCCGGCUCCAGCGACCGCAUCAUCACCAUCACGGGCACACAGCAGCGCAUACAGAUGGCGCAGUACCUGCUGCAACAGAGUGUGCACGAGAGUAACCCGAAUCUCGGUGGUGGUCGCGGGAACUUCUGA